AUGGGGGCGUUCAUUGCCAAAUUGCUGCUGCCCACGGUGAGCAGCCUGGUGUUUCUGCCUACCGCCAGCGUCGCAGCCAAACGAGGCUUUCACCUGGAGGCCAUGGUCUACUUCUUCAGCAUGUUCUUCACCACGAUCUUCCACGCCUGUGAUGGACCAGGGUUGUCCAUCAUCUGCUUCAUGAGGUACGACGUUCUGGAGUACUUCACCAUAUACGGCACUGCCCUCUCCAUGUGGGUCACGCUCAUCGCUCUGGGGGAGUUUGAGGAGCCGCAGCGUUCCAGUAUCACCAUGUUUGGAGUCCUAACCAUCGCUGUGCGCAUUUACCAGGACAGGCUCGGCUACGGCGUCUACUCAGGACCAAUCGGAUCCGCCGUGUUCAUCCUCACCGUCAAGUGGUUGCAGCAGAUGAAGCAGAGGGGCUCGCUGUUCCCAGAGAAGAGCGUCUACACUCAGCAGGUGGGCCCAGGCUGCUGUUUCGGAGCUCUGGCCCUGAUGCUGCGUUUCUACUUUGAGGAGUGGGACUACGCCUAUGUGCACAGCUUCUACCACCUCUGUCUGGCCAUUUCCUUCGUGCUGCUGUUACCAAAGAAGAAUCGUUUUGCAGUGGAGGGACAGAGCGCAGUGAAACUCUCCUGGUGCACGCUCUGCUGCUGUACGAUGUCCCCGGGUUCGACCAAGGAGAAAACAGAGAAGAUCCAGAAGAUGAAGAAGAAGAGCCGAACGGUUUGGACGAUUCCCUUGAAGAAGAAAGACAGGGACACGCCCACUCUGCCGCUGUUCCACGCCACUCCUUCUGCCAAAGGAACCAAUAUCAGCCGCCUCAAGGAGCUCAAUGGGUGGAAGUGACGCCGCC